AUGGACUCCAGGCUGCACCUCCAUAGGGCUGUUGAUCUACAUGCUUUUCUCUAUGUACUCAUAUCAAGAAGCCACGAAGAAGACGAAAAAAAAGAGGUUCCAGAUCUUACCGGUAUAUGUUGCCACAGCUCUAGUGGUGUCUCGACAUGGUUUCAAGGUCUAUUGACGGAUGAGGAUAAGAAUGUUAGUAAGCAGAAAAUGAAGGCUUUGUGUUACAAGCUUGAAACUAUGGCAGCCGUCUGUAAUUUGAUGAAUAAUAACCCAGGUCUUGGCAUGAGGCAAUGUUGCAUGGAUGCAAGGUUUAUUCAUGAAGCCACUUUGAAGAGGAUGCAUUAUGGAAGGCUUUGA